AGCACGACAGGAUUCCGGAUAGCUAGGUCUGGGUUUAGACACUGAAAAAAAUAAAAAUAAAAAUAUAUAUAUAGGCUAUACAUUUUUAAAAAGUCAGUUGAAAGAUGCAUUGCAGGUGCAGAGAGCCAUGCACUCUAAAAAAUGUGGGGUUUACAUUUGAACUGCAAAGAGGAAAACUUUGAGAUCACGGAAUUUAAUCCACUUCCGGUAACAAGUUCGCAAUAUGUUCGCUGUAUGCGCUUCUGCCAAAUCACUUUAUCAAACAAGGAUUUUGUACUUCACAUGUAACCACGGCGGUUUGAGUGCUGAUAGGCCUAUCUGUUCAGUCUAGAUUACAUGCAACGCAUCUCCAGGGUUUGCAAUGAAAGAGCGAUACUAGGGUAUGAGGCAUGCGGUCCGAGUUCAGAAUCCUUCUCUGUGGGGGCACCGGGGUUGGAAAGAGUGCGGUGGGCAACACCAUUCUGGGCAGCAAGCAGUUUGUUUCUGGAACCAGACCUCAUCCAGUCACGCAAACGUGUGAAACGCGAACCACUGCAAUCCGCGGAAAGAAAAUCAUUGUUAUUGAUACACCAAGUACGGAGGAGCCUGAGCUGAGAGCUGAAUUUCAGCGUUGCCUCAGUUCGUCCGAGGCACUACCCGUAAUCUUUCUUCUUGUCAUUCCACUGGGGUUUCAUGGAGGCAAAGCCUUGAGAGUUCUGGAUACUCUACAAACAAUCUUCCCAGAGCGCGAGGUUGAUCAGUUCACCGUCGUGUUGUUUACAGGUGGAGAUAGGCUCGAAGAGCUUGGUCAAAUACAUAAAGAGAGUGAGGGGGACAGCGAAAUACAAAAACUUUUAACUCGCUGUGGCAAUAGGCAGCACACAUUCAAUAAUGAAGUCGACGACCAGGCGCAGGUACUGCAGCUCGUCGCCAAAAUCAACAGGUUGCUGCAUCAGAGCAUAAAUUGCCCUUCAAAUAAAGAGGCCAACAACACGAAGGCAAAGAAAAGGAGUGUGGAAGAAGCAGAAGAAGAGGAGAAUGACAUCUGGAACUGGCCAAACUACAAGACAGAGCUUCCUGUUGAGUGUGGGACUAUGAAGGGUGUGCUUCACAGGGAAAAGAUGGCUAAAGGAGAAAAGUGCAUUGAAGUCGAUGGCAGCUGGUUUACUCCGACAAAAUUUGAGGUAUUUGCAGGGAAGGGUUCUUGCAAGAAGUGGAAGCAGACUAUCCGUUGCCAAAAUAUCCCACUGGCAGAACUCAUUCAGGAUGGCCAUUUGACGUGCCCCACUUUCACAAAAAAAGGGCUCAAUGGAGAUCAGGAUGAAUUUCCCAUGUGGGCCCCUGAUGGCUCCCUAAUCGAAACCGGGGAUUUAAAGCUCAUACUCACAGGAGUGGAAGGAGAACUCCCAGUCGGAAUCCUGGCAGAGAGACUGCUGGGUAAGGAUGUCCUCAUGGACGACGUCCAGGACACCCUCCAAGACAGUGCGCUGACAGUAACAUGUAAAAAGGUGGAGAGGACUUCUCAGAAGAAUCACUCACCUCCUUCAGAGUCCCACAGAAAUCCGAAGGUAGAGGCCAAAAAGGAGAACGGAAGUCACAGAAAAAAAGACAGAGUGUCUCCACUGAAGGAGGAUGCGUCAAAUAAAAAUGGCACUAAGGACAACUUUGAUGCUUCCGUCUUUCAGGAGAAUUCAUUGCCUGUCACUUGUCGAAAUGCGAAAGGAGUUCUUCAGAAGGAUCGGUUUUCCUCAGGGAAAACUGGCAAAUGCAUCAGGACGUCAGGUUGCUGGAUGACCCCUGAGGAGUUUGUACAAGAGGGAGCUGGCCUCAAGAGCGGCAAGUGGAGACGGGACAUUCACUGCCAUGGCCAACCUCUCGGCACCCUUAUUGAGAAAAUGAUUCUACAACUUCAUUCUCUGUUUUGUGAGUGUGAUGUGUGCAAGUCUGAAGACCCAUCCGACCAGAACAACGAUGACCUCUGCUUCAUCUGCUGCCAAGACACUGAGUUGGUGUGCUGCGAUGGCUGUCCGCGGUCGUUCCACCACGCAUGUCACCUACCCUCACUGGAUCAGAACCUUGGAGACCGGUGGAUGUGCACCUUCUGCAUAGUGGAGAAGGCCAAAGAGUUCUGCCAUCGCACAAAGACUCUGGAGGAGGCCCUAGACGGCGGCAUCUUACCCAACAUGCUGCACUGCCAAUAUCUACUUCUGUAUCUGUUGAAAGAAGACAAGGAGCUCAUCUUCAUGCAGGACCCUUGUCUCACUUUUGACAACUAUGCUGCUGUCAUCAGCAAGCCCAUGUGGAUAGACAAGAUUAUCAAGAAGCUUCGGGGAGAGUACAGCAAAGUGGGAGAGUUUGUUGCUGAUGUGCGGCUCAUCUUUAAGAACUGCAUCACAUUCAAUAAGAACAAUGAGUAUGGGAAAAUGGGAGCCAGACUGAAGGAUCUAUUUGAAAAUAAGUUCAAAUGGGUCUUCAGCAUUAAAUAGCUGCAUUCCUUACUGAGUAUGUCGCAGGAUCACUCCACUCACUGGGACAAGAGUGGCGCAAAGGUGGUUACCGUGGGCACCAGUUUCCACCUUGUGAUGAUCUGCAUAACUGUGCAGGAUGUUUUGCUACAUGGGACAUUUGCUGCUCCGCUGUAGCUAUGAGACACAGAGUGUUUUGGUGUAAAGCAUGAAGCUCUUGGCAGAGCUCAUCUCUGAUGCCAAAUUGAUUGCGAGUCUUGAUUUGGACUAUGGAUAUCCCAGUAGAAAUGUUUUGUCUGUCAUUGUUAAUCAUGAUUUUAAAUGGUUAGUGUCAUUAACUUGGUGGCUUACAUCUUGGAAUUCACAGAAAGAUCCUAUUUUAGCUGUGGCUGACUUUUGGUAGAAAGGUAGGCCUAUAUUCUUGCAGGAUGCAAUAAUUUAUCUAUCAAGUCAUCUAAGUAAGUUUAUGCAUGGUCUCUAAAGAAAUCCAAAGUUGGAACUGGAAAAUAAACUGUCUACAUUCAGGGA